UCAAUUUUUUUCUCCCUGUUACUAUAUCUAUUUAUUGAACAAAUUUAUAAUUCUAAUCAAAACUUAACAAGUUGAUUUACGGAAAGAAAUAUCGUCUUCCCCAGGCAUCCAUUUCUUGAUAACAAAACGUAUAAGACUGAAAAAAAUUAGAAAGCUUUAAUUGUUUCGUGCCAGACAUAAUUCAUGCUUAUCUAGUAGGUUCCAUUUACUGAACGAGUUCUCAGAAACACUAGACAGGCUCUUGAGGCUUCUACGUUUAACUGAUCACGCGUAACUAACUCCACAAUAACAGGCACAAUAUAACUACACUUUCAAAAAUGUUAAUCUCCUUCACAGAGCUGAAUAAUAAUACUUUUGUUUCACAUCAUCUCACGCGUCGGUCACGCAACGUAUUAGGAAUAUUUCCACAGAACCACAUCACGAUCUUUCUUCAGCGAAAGAGUUAAAGUGAACAGGUGGCGUGACUAGACUUCAUAUAUGAGCUGAUUUACACCUGCUUCAUCCAACAUAAAUGUUUACACAGAUUUCUUACGGCCCAAGUGCUUUGUGAUCAGCAUGGACACGACAACAUUCAAUCAACCACGAUAUCAAUUUGAUACAACAUGUCCUCGGUUCGGUUGGAUGGAAAGUCUUUGAGUACGAAUCGACUGUACAGCCGGUGUACUGUGUCAAUGUAAUGGAGAUAUUCAACCACAUUAGGAUUCCCCUUCCAGAAAGUUUUGAAUCGCCAAGUCUAACGCGAGCGGGGAAAUUUCAACGGGGCCUUCUAACGUCCGUGUUAUGUAUAUUGCCAGUAUUGCAGGGUGUCGCAUGGCAUCGAAACGGAAAAAGUGUAUUUUCUGGAUUUCGAUGUGAUGUAAGAGAUGGAGAUCUCGACGUGGACGAACAGAAAGACCUUACCUCUCGCCAUGUCGAAGAUUACAGUAAUAAAUUCGGCGGUGUUUCACAGGGUAUGUUUAUAAUCUUCAUUCUACUGAGUCUUUCAAUCAUCCAUCUAUACAUGUCCUACGUGUCGGAGAGAUUUAAUACUUGGUUCAAGCUUAGGACUCGUAAACAGCGUGGAAAAAUCCUCGCCGAAUUGAAAAUAUCGACAGCCGUUUUUAGGGCUCAUGUCCUCCAACUGGCCACAAAGCUUGCGUCUUCCGCGAUCUUCAUUGUAUACAACUGUCUCACGCACUCUAUUGUUUUGCCUUUGCGAAAGGAGUACCAAAUACAAUGGACGCCCUCAUCUCUCUUGAAGCGUAGCUCGAUUUCUACUUCAAUUAUUUGUUACGCCGAUCAAGCCUUCCUAUCAUCAAUCUUUAAUAUCGCUUUGUUGACCUUUGUAACGUUUUGCGGUAUACUGAAUUUGACAGAGCUUAUCUAUACCUGGCGAGAGACACGAGCCUUCGAGCGAACAUCUGACUAUUAUUUUUGCAUGUUCCUAUUGCGACACAAUAGCGUGACCGAGGCUACUGCUAUGCAGAUAGAGAAAGAAUUGUUUUUAGAAGAACAAAGGAAUAAAAUACUCCGGGGGAAGAGACCUGAAAACCGACAUCCGCUUAUCAAAUCUUGGAGUUCGUUAGUGCACAGUAUUCCUCGCAAGAUUUUCAUUUCACAGCAGAAACUGAAAUUCAAAGGAAUCAAGAAGCAGAAACAGAAGCAAGAAUUGUUUAGGACCUUCAGCAGAACCAAAAAAAUUCCCGUGACUUCUCUACUGGAUUUAUUAAAGCCUGGUAGAGACGCACAAAAUCCGAAAAGAAUCCUCUUAACAGGGCCACCGGGUAUUGGCAAAACUGAACUUGUUGCUCAGAUUGUCGAAGAAUUCAACGCUGUCGAAAGCGGACUGUGUAAUCUUAAUUUUGUUUUCGUUUUCAAUUUCAAGGAGCUCAAUCUAGUUAAUGAAUGGAUCACUUUACAAGCGUUUCUAAAUCUUUCCCGUUUUAAUUCUGAUAUUAGUGACGUUGUUUAUCGACAAAUUGUAGGAAAUCCGGAGGAAGUCCUCUUUAUCUUCGAUGGCCUCAAUGAGUGGUCUCUGAGGUCUAAGGUGGAGUACUCAUCUGGCACGGACGAAAACGGAUUAGUGAUGUCUUCAGCUUCUCUUGCCUUGAAACUUAUUUCUGGUGAGCUUUUAUCUGGAUCAACUAUCAUUGUAACUUCGCGGCCAACGUCCUCACUUUCAGAGAUUGGCGAGAUGGUGACAUUCGAUAGACGUGCUGAGCUUGCCUGUUUCAAGCCUGAAGAUUUAAACACUUGCAUCCAAGCGUUUUUCCAGAACAACGAAGAACUCUGCACUUUUGUCAAAAAGCGCAUCUUCAGUGACAACACUCUGGAAGUUGCUUGUCGUUUACCUCAAAACUGCCGCCUGUUCUGUCUGUAUGUUGACUUCUUGGCUUCAAAGAGAACGAUUAAGGAGAUCGACUCACUCAAACUACCUACCACAACAACCGAAUUGUUCGAGAGAAUGAUUGACACCGUAACUACGGUGGAAUCGGAUGAAAGUAACCACAAGAUAUUCCCAUCGGGUCAUUAUGACUUUUCAAAGGACUCUCAAGAAGUCUUAGAAAAACUAUCAUGUCUUGCAUUGGAAGGAAUAACCAACGAAAGGUACGUCUUCAGAAAGGAAGAUUUCGCCCAGGUUGAACUGAGUGCUUUUGAGGUGGAAAUUCUUGAGGAAGCCGGCUUGUUAUGUCGCUUACGAGGCGUUAAGCCGAACAUGUACUGUUUCAGUUGUCUGUCCCUCCAAGAGUACUUUGCUGCCAGCAGAAUUGUUCAAUCCAGCACUACGGGCGAUUUCCGUGAUUUUCUGGAAAAGGCAAACGAGAACCAAUGUGCAACACUGCAGUUUGUUGCUGGGUUGUGCAAAGAUGGACAAAAAGGAAAGAGUACUUUUGUGUGCUUGAUGCAACAUUUAACCCAAUCGAUUAAACUUAACAAUCAUUUCGUCGAUGAACCAGUGGUUGAUAACCAAGCCAUUGCUUUCCUUUGUAAAUGCAUCUACGAGAACCCGACAAAACUGGGCCAUCCUUUUGCUAAAGAGGCGACAUCUUCCAUAUCACCGUCAAAGCCGAUUGUCUUCACAGAGAUGGGCACAAACCCGCUGGAGAUACAGGCUAUUCUAUUUUGCUUAAGAGAGGCCAAUGGUUGCAAUGCCAAGAAAGUAAUUUUUGAGAGCAAUUCCAUGGAAGAUGCCGGAUUUCGUCAAGUGGCCGCAUCCAUCUGCCAGAAAUCCUGCAAGAUGGACCAAGUGAGUUUGACAAAUUCUGGUGUUACCGAUGGUGCUAUGUUGUCCUUUCUGGAAAGUACAGCAAGCCAGUCAUUCCUUGGAAUUAGGAUUCUUGGCUUGAGAGGCAAUGACAUAUCCAGUGAAGGAGCAAAAUAUCUUGCCUGCGUGCUUUUCAACGAUUGGUGCCCAUUGGAAGAGCUUCACCUUGGCAACAACAGAAUCGGUGACCUGGGAGUGGAGUAUUUCAGUGAAGCCCUUUGCUGUGGAAGUAGCAAAAUCCACACCUUAGAUUUGAGUUCCAAUGGAAUAACCCACAAUGGUGCUUUUCAUUUAAGCAGAGCUCUUAGUAGUCCCAUUUGUAACGUGAAACGUCUUUACCUUCAGCAAAACAGAAUCCUUGACUUCGGAAUGCAAGACCUCUGCGAAUCUCUGUGCAAAGGAGAAUGCAACCUAACAGUCCUGUUCGUUAGCUCCAACGAAAUCACUGACGAUGGGAUUGAGUUCGUCGAGAAAGCUCUGGCACACAAGUCGUGCAGGCUCCAAGAGCUCUACCUUGGCCACAACCUCAUCACUGACAAAGGAGUCAAGAGCCUGCUGCAGGCAUUACCUACUGAUCAAAUAAACUUGAAAAUUUUGUCGCUAGCCAACAAUCCAAUAACAGACACCGGUGUGAAAAUGUUGGCCAACGCUCUAAGGAACUCAAGCUGUAACCUGCACCGACUUUUUAUAAGUCUAGGACGCUCUCAGAUUGCUGAAACAAAACGCUCAAAGCUGCAAGUGCGCUACGUCAAUGCAUUUUAAUCGCUCAAAAGAGGACCAGUAAUAGCUUUAGAGAAUUAAAACAGUAUUCAUCCAGGAAGCGAGAGAGAGAUUUCCUUGCCGGCUGCUUUUGUCGUCAUGAACUGGACACAUCUGCGCUUUCUGAUUGUAAAAGUUGAUGGGUUAGGGAUAGGUUCUAUUUUAAACAUUUACAUGCUAACAAAGAGCUCUGUUUUUUUUUUUUAAGAAUUUACAUGCUAGCAACUCACAAUUUUCAAAGCAGAAGUUUUGGUUUCAACAAGGCCUACUAAACUUUCGCUGAUUUAGAAGACAGGUCGCUAAAUAAAGAAGAAACUUACCAUUCAAUCACUUUUAAUUUCCGACUAACAACUUUGCAAUUACGUACCACGUGCCAAUAAAGAAAGCUGGUGUUAGAAAAUUU